AUGCCUCCCAAGAAGGGCCAACUACCUCCCUCAUCAAAAAGUACGAAUGAGAACGUGCAACCCGCCAAACCGUUAGACCUUACAUCCACCUCACCUCAAGACACUUCUAUCAACAUUCGUUUUUACACUCCGAACACACCUCUUCCAAGUAAUUCGUCUGUCCCAAGUCCUAGCCCACGUGGGAAAUCUCCUGAAACACCUUCCUCACGUCGAAGGACCUUUCAGUCUCGUCCGUCACGUUUGUCAAACGUUUACACGCCAACCCUAGAAGCCCCGCCCACCAACCCGGGUAGUCGACGAACGAGAAGAACAGCUGCACUUGAAACACCCAAGCAGGAAGUCUCAGAUAUUGAUUUCCCAGAGAGUACUGGUAGCGCUAGCUGGACGGUUGAUCAGUACAUGGGCAGUGUUGAAUCCGAAGGAACAGCUGAUGGUCCCUCGAGCCCUACCAGUGCCUCCGACAUGCGGAACUCAUCCCGGGUUCGUAAGCCCACCAUGAGGGCCCUUGAAUCUUUUGAAUCAAGUAAGAGGAAACCUCGCCGCAAAAACAUGACAGUGUCCACCCCGACCGUGGAAACUCCUGCCCCUGCUACUCCUGCUCCCUCUGCUGUCCCCGUGCCUACCAAGGUUGUGAAGAACAAUGUAUCGAAGCAACCAAUGAGAAAAACCAGAAAGUCAAAGAGAAUGUCCAACUUGAACAUGCGAAAGAAUGCUGUCCUGAUCGGUUGUGAUAUUGACGUGAAAGUCGCUGGCAAGAUACUGUAUGACUUAACUAUCCAGUCCCUCAGCCCUGACUUUACUCUCCCUUCCAAUUUCCCUGCCUUCUUGGAGCAACAGCGAAGUGAAUACUUCCGUCGUCAAGAGGAAGAAAAAUAUGGCGUCGACGUGCCCACCAUCAAGACCACCUCGCCAAGUGAUGUCGAUCUCGACGUCGAAAUGAUUGACCGAGACACCCCACCACCUGUAAUCGCUCCUUGUGCUCCCACCCCACCUGCUCCUCCUGUUGCAGUCACCAACGGCGAAGUCACCAACGGCACAGUCACCCACGAUGCAGUCACCAAAGAUGUAGCCACCAAUGAUGCAGCAACCAACGGCUCAAGCAUCCUAAGCUACAAAAAGAGGUCUAAGACCAAGGUCGACAGCGAUGGCUGGAUUCAAACUGGCUAUGUCAACUCCAGUGGGUCUUCCUUUCCCCCGGUGCGCGCCAGAACUACCCAGCAAGCCGAGGCCGAUGCCGCCCACAGCUUCGCUCCACUCAUGGGAGACCGUAAUCUCCCAUUUGAUGCGACAGCCCCAUUCGUCACUGAAAAUGUGGAGGAGGAAAAGGCCAGGGCUCUUGCUCGGACCCCUGCGCCAGCCCCUGCGGCCAAGAAACCCCGCGCCCGAAAGCGCCGUCAGACUGCGGCUGCAGAUGCUACGGAUAAGCCCGCCUCGCCAGUCCCCACCGCUACUGCCGAGACCGGCGGACGCAAGUCACAGCGUCGCCGUCGCCAGACUGCCCCUGCCCCCACCGUCCCCUCUUCCGCUUCUCCUACUUCUCCCCCGACCACUGCGACCAAGGUCCAGUCUUCAGGCCUAGCUGCUGCUGUCGCCCCCGCUGACACCGAAGGUGACAAGCCUAAGGUGCAGCGGCUGCGACUGACCUUGAAGCCGGCGCCUAAGACUGAGGCCUCCGGGGCUAAAGCACCUGCUUCCAACCCCGCCGUGCAGUCCCCUUCCUCCCCCGCCCUCUCACGUGCGCCGUCCUCCGCACAAACCAGCAAGCGCCGCCGCCGCCGGGCCAUGUAA